UAUUAGCUUGAUCUAUCCCAUGCCACUUAUGUUUUCUUCUGCUCCUCUUCUGUCAGCCGCCUUUUUCGUUUCUACGAUAACGAUUUAAGUCGACGAGUGUGAGUGAUUUGCUGAGCGUCAACCGUUGUAGUUACGGGAACGCGAAAGAUGCCGUCCAAUAUCGACGGCGAUUAAAGCGUGAUAGAUCAAGUUUGUUUCUCGAAUGAAACUUGAAUGUACAGAUUAGGUUAAGUGAUAGUUGAUAGUACAGAGUACGCGGUUCCUCGCUGUCAAACGUGAAGGACGGAUCCUUCCUAAGGCCGGCGUUUCCCUCAAUCGUUAUGUAUUCGACGAAGACGCCAACUUUACGGAUCGACGAGGCCGAUCUCAAGUGCAGGAACGGUUGCGGAUUUUAUGGCAAUGCGGAAUGGGAAGGCUAUUGCAGCAAGUGCCAUCGGGAGCAUCUGCAGAAACGACGGGCUCAGGCCGAGCGCGUGUCCCAUGCGCAAACCUUGGACGCAGACAAUGCUAAUCGUUCAACGAGUGCUGGGACUCACAAGGGCUACGAGGAGAAAAAGAUACAGCAAGAGAAAAAGUACAAAUUGUUGAAUAUUUCGUUCAGGAAACCUGUUGCGAAAGUUCAGGGAUAUCAGGAAUUAUAUCAUGAGCUACUAAAGGAUAAUCCAGAUCUCGAAAAAGUCAAGGUGGAAAAUCGAGAUUUAUUGUUGUACAUAGCUAAGACGCCAGUGGAGAAAGAUGUAAGAAAGUGCAUACAUUCGUUUGUGAUAGACAUACUACAGAACAAGGAUGUGAAGAGGAUAGAAGAACUGUCAGAAAUAACGCAGAACUUCUAUCAUAUAUUCGGGAAACGUCUGGAAAACAGCACUAAAUAUGCAGACAUAUCUUCAGAUAUCAAAGAGAAACUGUUAGAUUAUGUCGAAAGGUAUGCAAUGACUUUGUUGUAUAGAAUUCUUUUUUGCCCUCCAUUCACGACAGACGAAGAAAAAGACUUGGCUAUACAGAAAAGGAUACGGCAAUUAAAUUGGGUGAGUGGCAAGAAUUUGGAAUGUAGGAUUCACGAAACAAGUUCGGAAGUUAGAGAACUCGUCUAUACAUCCAUUACAGAUCUUUUAAAUAUGGAUUCUGCUAAAGCACCUCAAGAAAAAUUGGCAUGUGUUAUUCAUUGCUGUAGAAAUAUAUUCCUCUUGUUGCAACAAUCCGUCGAUGGACCAGCAUCCGCUGAUGAAUUCCUUCCAGCGCUCAUAUUUAUCGUUUUAAAGGCUAAUCCGGCACGACUUAAGAGCAAUAUAAAUUUUAUUACGAGGUUUUGCAACGCUAGCAGAUUAAUGACCGGGGAAGGAGGAUAUUACUUUACAAAUCUGUGUUGCGCGGUAUCAUUUAUCGAAAACUUAACGGCAGAAUCUUUGAAUAUGGCUGAGAAGGACUUUAAUGCAUACAUGUCAGGAGAAUGCGUUCCAGCUAAUACGUGGGAGUCAGCUCUUAUGAUAUGUGAAAGUUUACAUUUCAUGUGUGAAGAUAUAACUUUGUUGGAUGACUUGCAAGCUAAAAAUACCGAUAUCAUCAAGCAAGCAGAAGAAUUGAAAAAUAAAAUGAUGGAUUUUAAAGAAAAAAUAAGAGAUGACGUGAGUAAAGUGAUUGAACGGACGCCGCUGUUAAUAUCUCACAGUCAGAGAGUGCCUACCAAUUUAGAUAGUGAGGAUAUUGAAAGUUACCAAUUACCACCACCAAUUAUUCCACAGAUAUAUCCACACUCUGUCGAUAAUAUGAAUGGCGGUGUAAUGACGGAUUUGUCGAGUGAUUUAAUGAGAACAUCAUUAGUGGAAGAUUCCGUGACACCGUCGCCAACGUUCGAUUUUCCAUCCUUCAUUGGCGACGAUAGUCUGGAAGUUAGCAAAGGCGAGGAUGAGACUAGUCUUAUCAGCUUGGACACUCAAUCCGAUCUUGCAUCUGGCGAAACGCAAUUCUUUAAAAAACACAUGACGGACAGUUUAUUAGACGAAUGUCCUACACCCGAUACGAAUCUGCCACCCGUUUUAAAACCGAUUAAUUCGGAAGAUUAUCAUGGCUUCACGGUUCAAGGAUCAAAUAUACCGACAAUCCCAUGCAACACAGGCGAUUCAUCCAUAACUCCGGCUGACUUGAAUUCGGAUAAUUAUUCCGGUUACUAUCAGAAUAUGUAGUAUUAGUUAUAAAAACGUUAUCCAGGUAUUAUUUAUGCUGAAUGCGUUUAAUAAAUUUCGAUUGCGGUAGGAUUUAGC